GUAAGUGUCAGUCGCUCUCUCACACAGUAGUUAGAGAAGAUGGAGAAGUUUAAGAUGGUUCUGGACAUCGCUACCAAGCAGAACAGCCUCGGGUUCGGGGCGGUCGCCCUGGUGACAGCGGGCGGGGAGCAGUUCUUCUCCGUGGCGAUGUUCUCUUGUCCCUGCAAUGACCUGAACUUCGUCUACGGCAUGGUGUUCCUGCUGGUGCCCGCCCUGGCUCUCCUGCUGCUGGGUUACAUCCUGAGUAAGAAGACGUGGAAGACGCUGACGGGUGUGUGCCAGCGCCGGGCCGCGCUGUGCCGCUGGAGGAGACUGACCGUCAUCUGCACGGCCCUCUUCCAGGUGAGCAGCACCGCGCUGGUGGCGCCUGCCAGCUGGAUCGCUGUGGCUCUGAUCAACGGGAAAUUCUAUGAGUGUGCGAUGACCGGGACCAAUGUGACCGCUUACAACAAGUACCUGUGUGGAGAGAAGGGCUCCCGGCUCCAGUGUCAGCAGGAGCUGUACAGGCUGCCCUGCGGGACAGGCAUCAGUGUCCCGCAGCUGGACAGGCAGGAUGUCCUGCUCACCCUGAAAGCUCAGUCUCAGGUUCUGGGUUGGCUGCUCGUCGCCUCUAUCAUGUUGUCCAGUCUGCUGCUGACCUGUGUGGCUCGGUGCACCUCCCCCAUCAGUUACCUGCAGAUCCGCUUUUGGAGAGACUAUGUCCAUGAAGAGAGCAGCCUGAUGGAUUCAUAUACCACCAAACACGCCAAACAGCUCGCUGAGAGGAACGUGAAGAGCUUCUUCAACAAGACACCGUCCGAAGAAAUCAUCACCCCUUCCAACAAGGACUGGGAGAAGAUCUCCUCCCUCUACACGUUCAGCACCAAAGACAACUACUACAGCACCUUGCACCGGGCGGUGGAGGACUGUCAGGAGGUCGACAACGGGAUGAUAAGGUUGACUUCGGUCAAGUCAAAUGAGCCUGUUGACCCCAACCCUUUGGUUCUUGGUUUUUAUGAUGGCUCGGUGUGACAAGAUUUUUCAGCAUCAAAGGAUGUCUGAGUUAGGGUUAGAGCAGUUUGCUGAUACAUGAAUUAUAGAGUGAAGUGUUCAUAGUGCAGGUCUGGCUCUGAGGAGUUCAUCCAGAGAGCCUAGGGGGGGCAGCAGGCUACUUGGUCAAAAUCCAAAGCAUACCGACACAUUAUAACGCAACGCCGCCCCCUGCUGUCAUGGACACAAAUACAAGACAGGGUUUAAUCAGUAACUGGAAAAGAGCUUUUUGGAUCAUGUGAAUUAUGGAAGUUUUUAGACCUCUUUAUUCAAAUGGCAAAGCAUUUAGCAUUUGACAACGUCUCCAAUUUUCAAAUGCAAUUUGAAUAUCACAACACAUUAAACACGGUUCAAUAACAGUUUUUCCCUGCCACAGUCAGACUGAUGGCAAAAACAAAAUAAAACACUGAACAAUUCACUGUGAUUAAAUGUGCAAUACUCCUCACUACUACACUCUACUGUGAAAUACCACUGUGCAGUAUUUGCAAUAUUUAUUUCAUGACAAAUGCGAUACCCCCCAUAGUUGUCACAGACCCAUUACCCUUAGGACAGUGUUUAUAACCUGUAUAUAUGUAUUAUUGCUACUCUAACAGUCCUUCUUUUUGGUAUGUUUACAAGCUCCUGGUUUACAGUAGUACUGACACUCCACUUACAGUAUUCAUAAUUUAUCAUAUUUUUGUGCAGUCUUUUGUAUCAUAUUUAAGUUUUUUUUAUCUUAUUUUAUUUACAUUGUGUAAUCUUUGUGUUUUAAUUUGUGUGCUUUUCUUUGCCCUUAACUCUUUUUUUACUUUACUUUUUACUUUUUACUCAAAGAGCCUGCACAAGAAUCCCUAUGUGCCUGGACUGUUUGGUGUAUGCACAAAUGGCAAAUACAAAUCUUGAAUAUGCAUUUUUCAUUUGACAAUUUAACAUGCAAACAUUUUAAAUAAAAAAAUAAAAACACC